UCCCUCAGAAAACAUCCUUUCUUUUUUAACAUCCUCCAUUUCCAUACUCCUUCCUGUUUUUGGUAAACCACUUUAGGUUACCAAAAUGCUGCUACCUCUUCUUCAACCCUCUUCAUAGACACCAGAAAGUCACCCAUUUCUUCUCAUCAACUCUUCUUCUUCUUCUUCUUCUUCGUCCACCUUGUUUUCCUUGGGAAGAUGAAGAGGUCUCCGACUCCUUCCUCUUCUUCUUCUUCAUCUUCCUGUAUUGGCCCUGACAUUCCCCACCAAUCAGACAAGCUCAAGGCAAAGCGUGUUCGAAAAACUCACAACCCAGACAAAUUCCUGCAGAAUGCCAAUGGCUCUGCCGCCGCCGCCACUGGCGGCGGCGGUCGGAGAAGCUCAAUUUACAGAGGAGUCACCAGGCAUAGAUGGACGGGGAGGUUUGAAGCUCACCUGUGGGACAAGAGCUCCUGGAAUAACAUUCAAAACAAGAAAGGACGACAAGUUUAUUUGGGAGCAUAUGAUAAUGAAGAAGCUGCUGCUCAUACUUAUGAUCUCGCCGCCCUUAAAUAUUGGGGCCCUGGAACAACUUUGAAUUUUCCGAUAGAAACCUACACGAAGGAGCUUGAAGAAAUGCAAAAUGUUACCAAGGAAGAAUACCUGGCAUCGCUCCGCCGCCGGAGCAGUGGCUUUUCCAGAGGAGUCUCUAAGUAUCGUGGGGUGGCUAGGCAUCACCAUAACGGGCGGUGGGAGGCCAGAAUUGGCAGAGUUUUCGGUAACAAGUAUCUAUACCUUGGAACUUAUAACACACAGGAAGAGGCAGCAGCAGCAUAUGAUAUGGCAGCCAUAGAGUACAGAGGAGCUAAUGCAGUGACAAAUUUUGACAUCAGUAAUUACAUUGACCGCUUAAAGAAGAAAAUCCCUGGCUUCAAUGUCCAUAGCUUGGCUGAAUCAGAGGCACUCCCCAACUGUUGCACUAGAUCAGAAGUAGAGGUGGAGCAACCGCCGCCGCCGCCACAAAAACAGCAAGAAGAAAUGGUUUUAGAGCAGCAGCAGCCUCAUUAUACACAGCUCCCUCCUUGCAUGGACACUACUUCUUCAAUGGAGGUUCUGGACCCUGCAGCCAACGAGCAGCACCCGUGGAGCUUUAUCGACACGGGUUUCGCUCCGCUCACAGUUCCUGACCUCCUGCUCGGAAAACCAUGUGAGUUGACAGACCUGUUCGAUCACGCAGCAUUUGAGGAUGACAUUCAUUUGAUAUUUGAAGCAGCAUCUAAUCAAGAUGAUGGAAACAACAUGAAUGGGGCUGAGGUUGUUGGUGUCUCAAGGAGCAUGGAGGAGGACAAUGUGCAGGAUAGGUUGUUGUUGUCUUCUUCUACUUCUUAUUCACCAUCUUCUUCAACAACAACAUCGGUUUCUUGUAUCUAUUCUGCUUGACUGUUUUUUGGUCUCUUAGGAGGUUUGGGAUUGUUGGGAUUUGUUUAAGUUUGUUGGUGGGAUCUGUUCUGGGUAGGCAGAUUGGAAAGAUUCUGAAUGUCUUUGGCUUCGUCUUUCCUGUUUUCAUUUCUUUUAUUCAAAAGUAAAAAGUAAAAGGGG